AGGCCGAGAACUGCGCCGUCACUUGCGACCGGCUCCCUGGACCCGGGGAAGGCGGACGCAGGCACCGGACAGGCGGUGGCUGGCGGAGACUGACCCGGAGGGGCGGGGGCGGCAUGGAGGAGGCGGAGGCCGGCUGCCAGCUCCACUCCGGCUCGGCUACCAUGUCCCGCCAGGCGAAGGACGACUUCCUGCGGCACUACACAGUCUCCGACCCCCGGACCCACCCCAAGGGCUACACCGAGUAUAAAGUGACCGCGCAGUUCAUCUCAAAGAGGGACCCAGAGGAUGUCAAAGAGGUGGUGGUUUGGAAGCGGUACAGUGACUUCCGCAAGCUGCAUGGGGACCUGGCCUACACCCACCGCAACCUCUUCCGCCGCCUGGAGGAGUUCCCGGCCUUCCCCCGUGCCCAGGUGUUUGGCCGGUUUGAGGCCUCAGUGAUUGAAGAGCGGCGGAAGGGGGCUGAGGACUUGCUUCGCUUCACUGUGCACAUCCCCGCGCUCAACAACAGCCCCCAGCUCAAGGAGUUCUUCCGGGGUGGGGAGGUGACCCGGCCCUCCGACAUGUGCAGAGACCUGCACAUCCUGCCACCCCCUCUGAUCCCCACACCGCCCCCUGAGGAUACCUGGUUGCCCCAGCCGCUCCCCACAGAGAGGAGAGGCCUCGAGGAACUGGACCUGCCAGCGGAUCCCCCACCAUCCAGCCCUGCCCAGGAGGCCCUGGAUCUCCUCUUUAACUGUGGGAGCACCGAGGAGGCGUCCGGUUCCCCUGCCCGAGGCCCCCUCACAGAGGCUGAGCUUGCCCUCUUCGACCCCUUCUCCAGGGAAGAAGGUGCAGGCCCCAGUCCAACCCACAUGGGUGAGCUGGCAGCGAUGGAGGCAGAGUCUGAAAGGCUGGACCAGGAACCCUGGGAGCCUGGAGGGCAGGAGGAGGAAGAGGACGAGGAAGGCCGGCCAGCCCCUGCCUACCUGAGCCAAGCCACAGAGCUCAUCACCCAGGCCCUGCGGGAUGAGAAGGCAGGUGCCUACCCUGCAGCUCUGCAGGGCUAUCGGGACGGCGUGCACAUCCUGCUACAGGGCGUUCCUGGUGACCCAUCACCUGCCCGCCGGGAGGGUGUGAAGAAGAAGGCAGCCGAGUACCUGAAGAGAGCAGAAGAAAUCUUGCACCUGCACCUGUCCCAGCCCCCCUCCUGAGAGGGAGUGAACCCCUGCCCAGGACUGUAGCCCCAACACUGCCAGCUACCCCCUUUCACUCUCCCUGGGGCCUUGCCUGAUAUCCUGGUCUUGUAACGCUAGGGGUCAUUUCUGUAUGUAACUGGACCAAGAAUGAGACAAAUAAUGAAUUCAGAGCUCCUUGACCACACCUGCCACUUUGGAAUCAGGACAGAACACUUAAGCUGAUCCUGCCUGUCUGUCUUGCGUGGGCAGCAUCCCUGGUCCUGAACUGGCUGUUCACCCAUCUAGAACCGGGGUCUGCAAACCAUGGCCUGCAGCCACAUCUUGCCCACGGCCUUUUUUUGUAAGGCCCGUGAGCUAGAAUGGUUUCUACAUUUUUUAAUAGUUGAAGAAAAACCAAAAGAAUAGUAUUCCGUGACAGAUGAAAAUUACAUGAAAUUUAAGUAUUAAAAAUAAAAUUCUGUUGGAACACAAUCAGACUCGUUC